UUGGAGGCGGCACAGACUGUUGGCAGUGAGAAUGCUAGUCUUGUUUGCCUAUUACUUUGUAUUUUCUGAUGUACAGGGAGACGUCACCGCCGCCACCAUGGGUUGAGUACCCUGACCCCGACGGCCGGGGGUGGGCUUGGAGGCGGCACAGACUGUUGGCAGUGGCAGUGGCAAUCAUACCGCUGCUCUCGGCCGCGCUUUCUUGUGCUGCGGCCGUCCCAACAGAUGGUGGCGACCAAGUCGCGGCUGGAGGACGAGGUAGCGACGUGCGCCGCCUGCAAGGUGACCAUACACCAACAUGGAGGCGGCGGUGGCGGGGGCGGUGGGGGCGGCGCUAGGCUGAGCGCCGUGUGUCCCUUCUGUGGUCAACCCUACACCCCCGCACGACUGGACGGUGGCGUGGCGGCGGGUGUAGGCGCCGGGAGGGUCCGGUCACAUCGCUCCACCACCGACCCCGUAGUCAACAAUCUAAGGCUUCCCCCAAUCGAGACCGACGACGGUCUAGGGUGUAGGCGACUGAGCAGCAUCAUGGUCAGCAGGCUAGGCACUAUGGACAUAGCAGAGCUACUGCUGAGGCCAGGAUCCGAGACAUCUCUGCCUCCCAUACACAAGGACUCUGAGCCCUCGGUGUCAACCCCAGACUCCGGCCUCAGGUCCGCCCUCAGCAUGGAGACCAUAGUCAGCGACCUGGAGGAGCCCCGGGUCGUCCCUCGCUACCCCACUAGGCACAAGACCAGGGAGGACUUCCUUCAGGAUGUAAGGAGGGCCCAUCACUCAGAGAACUACAUUGGCAUCCAACGCUUCUACAUGCGUUGCUUUGACACAUUUGCGGAGAUUUGCGCACUUUUCAAGGUGGACAAAGAUGAGGCUGGAGCUGGAUUAGAAGACCCAAACUUGAAGAUGGAAUUCAUUUAUGCAGUUCAUGAUGCCAUUCGGACAUUUCCUUCGAUUGUACACAAGACUGUACUGAAAUCCAUCAUCAAUGCUCUACUGGAGGAGAACAGGGUAUUACAUCCCAAGGAUGAUGUAAGAGCAUUGUUUAUUCUCAUGCAGAAUCCAGUAUUUGCUGCCCAAUCCUCCUACUCUAUAUUUGCCCAUCUUCUGCGUCACAUUGUUGAACUUCAGCUUACAGACCAUCAACUUUUAGUCUCAUGGUUUAAGCUACUAGAGGUGGACAAGCUAAGACUCAUAGUUCGGCACAUUAUACAGUUCAUUACUAUUCGCCAGUACCCUCCGUCCGACAAAUCUCUUCCUCCAAUGUCCAAAAGCCGCUGGUGGAUUCCAACCGGUACCAAAGUACUGGCACUUAUUAACGCAGCCAACAAUGGCAGUAGCCCUCCACUACUUGACUACACAGAGUUCUACAACUCAGCCCUCGACCACAUAGACUUGAUGCAAGACUACUACAAUUGGCAGAGUCCACAGCGCAGCGGCCAGUUUGCCUAUUGUCAGUAUCCCUUUGUACUAAGCAUCGUAGCCAAACGGAUUAUUCUCACCAAGGAUUCAGAGCAGCAGAUGAUUUUGACAGCUCGGCGAUCUUUAGUGGCCAAAGUUGCACGACAUCAAGCUCCUCAGAUUGAUAUUUUCUUUCUCAAUAUUUUAGUCCGUCGCUCACAUCUUGUCUGCGAUUCACUUAAUGAAAUAGCGAGUAAACAGAAGGAUCUCAAGAAGAAACUGAAGGUAUCGUUUGUGGGUGAGCCAGGGUUGGACAUGGGCGGACUGACCAAGGAAUGGUUCCUGCUGCUGAUCAGGCAGAUCUUCCACCCUGACUAUGGCAUGUUUGUCUACCAUCCUCACUCUCGCAGUUACUGGUUCAGCACAGAUCAGGAAGGUGCACUUCGAGAGUACAACCUGAUCGGAGUGCUGAUGGGUCUAGCUGUCUACAACUCCAUCAUCCUGGAUCUCCAUUUCCCGUCUAUCUGCUACCGCAAGCUGCUGUCGCCCCCAGUCGUGCCUGUAGACACCAGCAACGUAGGCAUUGUCCACAUGCCCACUGUCGAUGACUUGGCAGAGAUCAUGCCGGACGUUGCACGAGGUUUGAAAGAGCUUCUGACAUACGAGGGAAAUGUCGAGGAAGACAUGUGCAUUAGUUUCCAGGUUAGCUUAGAAGAAUACGGAGAAGUCAAGACAUUUAUGCUGAAGCCAGACGGAGAUGACAUUUCAGUAACCAAUGAAAACAGAGAAGAAUACGUAGCUCUGUAUCUUGACUGGGUGCUGAACACAGCCAUAUAUGACCAGUUCAGAGCUUUUUACCUGGGCUUUCACAGCGUCUGUGCAUCAAACGCUCUCAUUAUGCUUCGACCAGAAGAGGUUGAGAUGCUUGUUUGUGGGUCGCCGACUCUGGAGCUCAAUGAACUUCGUAAAGUCACAGAAUAUGAUGGUUACAAGUCUGAUGACCCAAUCAUUAUAGACUUCUGGGAAAUUCUACAAUCACUAUCACCUGAAUUGAAGAAGAAAUUUCUCCUAUUUACAACAGGGAGUGAUCGAGUUCCUGUGGGUGGGAUGGGGGAAAUGACUUUUAAAAUAACUCGUAUAACCAACAAACCAGACAAUCUACCAGAAGCUCACACAUGUUUCAACCAGUUAGUGUUGCCUCAGUAUGACAGUGCUGACGUUCUACAAGAGAAACUCAUCAUUGCCAUCUCCAACGCUGAGGGCUUUGGUUUGGAAUGAACUUGAACUUAUAUAAUUACAAUGUGUGCCUUGUGUACUUUAAGAAAUAUAAAACAAAUCUUAAUGAAAAUUAUUUAGAAAAAAAUAAUUCUUUGCUUGUUUCUAACCAAGUUUGGCUUGAUCGAAAAUCUCAGGCUUGCACACCUCUUAUGACUAGACAUUACCUGUAAUGUAACACAGACUUUACUUGUUAGUCUAUUAGGCCUACAUUCUAUCAUGGUUUUCUAUUAAGGUGUUUUCAGAUAAUCAAUCAAUUUGUGUUCGUAAAGUAUCCACUAACAUUCUCACAGUCUCUAACAAUUUGUAUUAAAUUAUACAACUAAAUCGAAUCAAUCUAAACUUUGA